UAUUAUACAUCUCAAGCCCGGGGAGACGGGAUUAGAAUGUAGGCCAAGUCAGACUAGACUAACUAUUAGACAAGUCUUCUUUGCCGCAGACAGUAAGUCAAAAAUUUUUAGCAUUUUUGAAAAUGGAAAGGCAACGACGACGCGGGUUGUGAGGCAAUCUAAAUAGCUGAGUCGUCGGGGAAUUAUGUCUUGACACGCUGUGACUCUAGGUAGUGGAUAUGGUUUUAGCCGUCAACCGGAUUUUAUUACAUUAUAGGGGGUAAUAUCACAAUAUCUACCUGUUACACAGGCGACGGACAAAGGGACAAUGUGAUUAUUUGCACGGAAAUAUUAGUCGAAUCCCUGAAAUAAACUCCCGAUUACAACAAUCCGAAGAAAAGGCGACUCGCUGGCAAGGAGAUGGCAACCAUCGUGAAGGAAUGAAGAUACUACAGAUAGAUUUAAAAUCCGUAUUUCAGAUGAAUACCUGCGAAUUCAAAUUCAAGAGGACGGUGUAGGCGAUCCGUCAUCCACGAUCAUUAUAGCACUAUGGAAGGACAUGCCACUUACUACAGUCAAACCCUCUACCCACGGGAGAGUUUCAGCCAGGUGUGUUCCACGACCCCACCUGCCAGUUAUAUGGGCACCGCACAGCCGGCUUGCAUCUACGCCCAGAGGAACAGUCUAGGAAGUCAUUCCACCAACAUGGGUUACGGUGGACAAGCCAUGGCCGUGGUGGAACAGCAACUCUUGGAGGACCAACAAUCUGUCAUGAGCACCCAACAAAACGUGAAUAUUACCGGAGGGCACAGAAUGCCUCAAGGUUCCCCCGGGGCUCCACUGGGCAUGGGCUCACCCAGCCCGGCCCACAUUCAACCCUCUCCCCACAACAGUCCUCCCUUACAACAACCUCCCCCGGCACAUAGCCAGAGUCUGGGACAGCCUAACGGUAACUCCAGCCUUCGACCACGGUCACCACAGACUUUACAGUUUCCGUGGAUGAAGACAACAAAGUCUCACGCUCAUCAGUGGAAAGCACAAUGGCCAGGUGCACAUUUUUCUCCAGAAGAUGAAAACAAGCGGACACGGACUGCCUACACUCGAGGACAGCUGCUUGAGCUGGAAAAAGAAUUUCAUUUUAACAAGUACAUAUCCAGACCGAGGCGAAUAGAGCUGGCCGCCAUGUUGAAUCUGACAGAGAGGCAUAUUAAAAUAUGGUUUCAAAAUAGACGAAUGAAAUGGAAAAAAGACGAAGCGAAACGUCGACCACGCCCUCUGGCGUCGAACGGGUCGGUUCAAACGAACACAGAAGCAUCACCAGCCGAUGCUGACAGCGUUGUUAGCACUAAGCUCAAGGUGUGCGUAAAAAGUGAAGCUAAUGACUGCACAAACUACAACAACUCCCGAUCGUGUCGUUCCGGAAACGCUGAACCAGUUAAUGGAAGUGACUCUUCAAAAGAAAAUGGCCUCUCUCCGACCAGUAGCGGACUUUCGCCAGCUCCAAGCGGCCUUUCUCCAAAUCCAGAUUCACCGUCCCUUAACUCUAAUUGAAGGACUUACGGUUCCGCCAUCUUGUUUAGGGAAUGAGAAUGUAAUCGACAUGAAGACAGCACCUCGUGCCGUUAAUGCGCCAAAGCAGUGUAAUUUUUACUGAGGCAAUCUGUUUGCGGAUCUAAUCGACGAUUCGACACGUAGAGGUCUCAGGUUCAGUUUUGUGAAAGGUGUGUUAUAAAUGUUAAAGGUAUUAGCACUUACACCAAAGUGCACAUUGCAUGACAUUGUACAGGACUACUGACUGUCGGAAUUCUCAAGCUUCCAAGAGAGAGACUGAUUUGUAGAAUGUCCACACUAUGCACACUGCGGUGGGUGUAAGUUUAUAUGUGGAGGUAUAGCAAGGGAAUAGAACACAAGGUAUUUUGUUAAGCUUUGUUGCUCUAAGACUCCUACAAGAUUUACAAGAUGACUAACAAAACCCCACCGGAGGAUAGGAAAAAAAGAGGCAAACACGAGCAAAACGGGAAAAGCAUAUACCGAAGUGAUUCCCCAGGUAUUUGUGGACAGAUUUUCAGUGGAGCGAUUUCGACAAAGUGGCCAUCUUUUAAAGUACAUGCACGGAUACAUCAAACUAGCUUCCUACUUGUA